CGCACCUGCAAAAAGAAAUCAAGAAGCCAGAUCACCCCACCACCCUAUUUCUACGCAACACAGUCCAUUCCUUUGCUCCAGGCAUGUUGCACGGUUGAGGGUCCAUUCAUUAUUCCACUGUGCAAGUCACCUCCAGACCAGAGGCAAUUGCCCGCCCAGGAGUCGCCCCCCAUGGUUUUUCCUACUCCCUGUCACUCCUCCCUAUACCAAAUUUCUUCCCGGUUGCAGCUCUUUUGGGGUGAAAACCUCACAUUUGGGGUUUUCACCCCUCCCAUUGCGAUCAGUCUUACCAAGGUCAGUUCGUUGGUGACGGGCAGUCCGGUGACGGUGGCAUUAGAGCAGUAGGUCAGCCCCAUUGACCAGCAUGUCAUUCUAUCACCCUAUAAUAGUAUUUUAUUCAAUUACAAAAAAAAAUAGCUUCUAUCUUUGGAAAAUGACAUUGUUUUGGUUGUGGAAAACUCCUAUUUUUUUAAGAUAGGCAUUUUUUGAAGUGCCAUGUUCCCAACU